AGCUGCGGCGGGCGCGGGCGGCCGAGCGGGACGCGCCAUGCCCACCAACUUCACCGUGGUGCCCGUGGAGGCGCGGGCCGACGGCGGCCGGGAUGAGGGGGCCGAGCAGGCCGGGGCGCCGGGCCCCCCCGAGGGCGCCGAGCACGAGCGCCCGAGCCCGGGAGAUGGACAGCCCAGGGAGAACAGCCCGUUCAUCGGCAGCGUGGACGUGGACACCGAGAGCCUCUCGGAGAGGAAGAACAUGGCGCUCUUCGAGGAGGAGAUGGACAGCAACCCCAUGGUGUCCUCGCUGCUCAACAAGCUGGCCACCUACACCAACCUGAGCCAGGGCGUGGUGGAGCACGAGGAGGCCGAGGACAGCCGGCGGCGCCAGGCCAAGAGCCCCCGCAUGGGCACCUUCAUCGGCGUCUACCUGCCCUGCCUGCAGAACAUCCUGGGCGUCAUCCUCUUCCUGCGGCUCACCUGGAUGGUGGGCGUGGCCGGCGUGCUGCAGUCCUUCCUCAUCGUGUCCGUGUGCUGCACCUGCACGAUGCUCACUGCCAUCUCCAUGAGUGCGAUCGCCACCAACGGCGUGGUCCCGGCGGGCGGCUCUUACUACAUGAUAUCACGGUCUCUGGGGCCGGAGUUCGGGGGCGCCGUGGGCCUCUGCUUCUACCUGGGCACCACGUUCGCGGGGGCCAUGUACAUUUUGGGCACCAUUGAGAUUUUUCUGACCUACAUCUCGCCCGGCGCGGCCAUCGUGCACGCCGAGGGGGCGGGUGGCGAGGCCACAGCCAUGCUGCACAACAUGCGCGUGUACGGGACCUGCACGCUGGUCCUCAUGGCCACGGUGGUCUUCGUGGGCGUCAAGUACGUGAACAAGCUGGCGCUGGUGUUCCUGGCCUGCGUCGUGCUGUCCAUCCUCGCCAUCUACGCCGGCGUCAUCAAGACCGCCUUUGACCCGCCCGACAUCCCGGUCUGUCUGCUGGGGAACCGCACGCUGUCCCGACGCAGCUUCGACGUCUGUGCCAAAGCCCACACCGCCAACAACGUGACGGCCAGCGCGCUCUGGGGCCUCUUUUGCAACGGAUCCGCAGCCAGCACUUCCUGCGACCCGUACUUCGUCCAGAAUAACGUCACCGAGAUCCAGGGCAUCCCUGGCGUGGCCAGCGGCGUCCUGCUGGAUAACCUGUGGAGCGCGUACGCGGACAGGGGGGCGUUUGUGGAGAAGAGGGGCGUGCCCUCGGUGGCGGUACCCGAGGAGAGCAGAGCCGGCGGGCUGCCCUACGUGCUUGCCGACGUCAUGACCUCCUUCACCGUGCUGGUCGGCAUCUACUUCCCGUCCGUAACCGGCAUCAUGGCAGGCUCCAACCGGUCCGGGGACCUCAGGGACGCCCAGAAGUCCAUCCCCACCGGGACCAUCCUGGCCAUCGUGACCACGUCUUUCAUUUACCUCUCGUGCAUCGUGCUUUUUGGGGCCUGCAUCGAAGGCGUGAUCUUGCGAGAUAAGUUCGGGGAGGCCCUGCGGGGAAACCUCGUCAUCGGCGUGCUGGCCUGGCCGUCCCCCUGGGUCAUCGUCAUCGGCUCCUUCUUCUCCACCUGCGGGGCCGGCCUGCAGAGCCUCACGGGAGCCCCGCGCCUGCUGCAGGCCAUCGCCCGGGAUGCAAUCAUCCCUUUCCUCCAGGUGUUUGGCCACGGGAAGGCCAACGGGGAGCCCACGUGGGCCCUGCUGCUCACGGCCCUCAUCUGCGAGACGGGCAUCCUCAUUGCCUCCCUGGACAGCGUGGCCCCCAUCCUCUCCAUGUGCUUCCUCAUGUGCUACAUGUUCGUGAACUUGGCCUGCGCUCUGCAGACCCUGCUGCACGCCCCCAGCUGGCGCCCACGCUUCCGGUACUACCACUGGACCCUCUCCUUCCUGGGCAUGAGCCUCUGCUUCGCCCUGAUGUUCGUCUGCUCCUGGUACUACGCCCUGUGCGCCAUGCUCAUCGCCGGCUGCAUCUACAAGUACAUCGAGUACCGCGGGGCCGAGAAGGAGUGGGGCGACGGCAUCCGGGGGCUGUCGCUGAACGCCGCCCGCUACGCCCUGCUGCACGUGGAGCACGGCCCCCCCCACACCAAGAACUGGAGGCCCCAGGUGCUGGUGAUGCUCAACCUGGACGCGGAGCAGCGCGUGGAGCACCCCCGCCUGCUGUCCUUCACUGCGCAGCUCAAGGCCGGCAAGGGCCUGACCAUCGUGGGCUCCGUGCUGGAGGGCACCUUCCUGGACAAGCACAGGGAGGCCCGGCGGGCUGAGGAGAACAUCCGGGCCCUGAUGGGCGCCGAGAAGGCCAAGGGCUUCUGCCAGCUGGUGGUGUCGUCCAGCCUGCGGGACGGCACGUCGCACCUGAUCCAGUCGGCCGGCCUGGGGGGCAUGAAACACAACACGGUGCUCAUGGCCUGGCCCGAGGCCUGGAAGCGGGAGGACAACCCCUUCGCCUGGAAGAACUUCGUCGACACCGUCCGGGACACCACGGCAGCGCAGCAGGCCCUGCUGGUGGCCAAGAACGUGGAUCUGUUUCCGCAAAACCACGAGCGCUUCGGCGGCGGGCACAUCGACGUGUGGUGGGUCGUGCACGACGGCGGUCUGCUCAUGCUGCUGCCCUUCCUGCUGCGGCAGCACAAGGUGUGGAGGAGGUGCCAGAUGCGCAUCUUCACGGUGGCCCAGAUGCACGACAACAGCAUCCAGAUGAAGAAGGACCUGCAGACAUUCCUGUACCACCUGCGCAUCAGCGCCGAGGUGGAGGUGGUGGAGAUGGUGGAGAACGACAUCUCGGCGUUCACCUACGAGCGGACGCUGGUGAUGGAGCAGCGGUCCCAGAUGCUGAAGCAGAUGCAGCUGUCCAAGACGGAGCAGGAGCGCGAGGCCCAGCUCAUCCACGACAGGAACACCGCCUCCCACUCCGCCAUGGCCGCCAGGGCCCAGGCCCCGCCCACGCCAGACAAGGUGCAGAUGACCUGGACGAGGGAGAAGCUGGUCGCGGAGAAGCACCGGAACAAGGACGCCGGCAUGUCCGGGUUCAAGGACCUCUUCAGCCUGAAACCGAACCACUCGAACGUCCGGAGGAUGCACACGGCCGUGAAGCUCAACGACGUCGUCCGUGAAAGGUCCCAGGAUGCCCAGCUGGUCCUGCUUAACAUGCCAGGGCCCCCAAAAAACCGGCAGGGGGACGAGAACUACAUGGAGUUCCUCGAGGUCCUGACCGAGGGGCUGAACAGGGCGCUGCUGGUCAGGGGCAGCGGCCGGGAGGUGGUCACCAUCUACUCCUAACGCCUGGCCGCCAGGGCCGCACCAGGCGGGUGUGCGGGUGGUGCCGCGACGCUCACUGACCAGUGCCUGGCGUCCUGUGAAGGCUUCUAGAACAGCGCCGGGGGCUCUCCUGUCCAGGCUGAGAGCCCGCGUGUGACUCCAGAUUUCCUCCUGUCCGAGGGGAGGCACGAAGCCGCCGUGCCCCCCCCCCGCUCCCCCUUGCUCCCCACGCCCGGGGAGGCUGGCCGUGACCUGGGACACGGCCAGCCAUCCUGCGGUAGCAGAGGUGGCAGGAAGCCGCUUGGAUUCUAGACUCCGUUUCCCUAGGUGGGCCUUCGGGCUGUCGUGCAGUUACGGUCACCGAGACCCACGCCCCUGGGUGCCCACGAGAAGCCGCACAGACUGAGGCGGACCCUCGGGCGGCUCGGGCUCGGGCGCCGGGUCUCCCGGCUGGGGCCCCACCUGGAUUUAUGCUCCGGGGACCGGCAGGGGGCCCUGGGGGCCGGGAGCGCCACACACCCGGCGUCUGACGAGCGCCUGCAGCCUCGGUUUCCACACUUCACACUCGAGGGGACACGGCUGCAGCCGUGGGAGGGCUCGUGGCGUCCGCUGAGCCUGUGUGUCCCCCUCUGCAUUCGGGGCACUGAUGGGGGGUCCCACCCGGGUUUAGGGCACUGACACGACACCGUCCGAGGAUUCUGGACUGUUUGCACUUUACACGCGUGACCACGCCCACUGUAUGUUGUCACAGUGACUUGUGCCUCACGUUUCCUGUGGCUUAUUUAUUUAUUUAAACACCUGGGGGAGGUUGAGUGAUAGACGUCCACAGGGAGAUGGCUUCUCUGAAAGGGACCCCAAACAGCCCAGCCCUUGGCUUUCUCUGGCUUCCGUGGGCUCCCAAGGGAAUCGGCCUGUCCACGGAUUUCAGGUCAGGCAGCGUCGGUGCUUCCAGACGCUCUUGAGGGGCGGCCGGGCAGCGUUCGGCGGCCACGGUGUGUGCCAAAGGCCGCAGCUGGGCCGGGGAGUGGGGGUCGUGGUUCAGUGCUGUUAGUAAAACCCAGCUCAGGGGCUUCAGGUCCCUCUCCCGUGUCUGGGGCCGGGCCCCCGGCCCUCUCCUAAGUCACGUGACCUCAGCUCACGUGGAACGGAGGUGCCGCGCCCUCCGUCUGUCUCCUGAGGCGUGUGUGUCUACACCAGGCAUCUUUUCCACACUGUUAACCAUGUAACCGUAACUGCAGCCACUUAAAGUUGAUUCCAUGUUCUUCUUUUUUAGGUUGUCUUUGUAUGAUUUUGUUAGUAGAAGAAUAAAGUUUUAUGAAAUCUCUGUGUUGAAGAAUCUCCGUGACGCGUUCAGCAUGGAUUUUAAACGUUUGAGGGUGUCCCCCUCCCUCUCUUCUCUUGGAGCAGUUUAUUUCAGGUCUGA